UUAAUCAGGACAAAUUAUGUGCUUAAGUAGUUAUUAAAUUUACUUAUGUCUCUCAACACAGCCAUUUGUAAGACGUAACGGCUUGUUAUGUAUAGUUAUCAAUAGAUUUAGUUUUUCAAAGAUUUUGUGAAAGCGAGCAUUAUGGAAGACGUCGUGGUUAAGAAGGAGCCCGGCUGGGAUCCCAGCACCAUGGUAGUAAUGGAUGAGAGUUGGCUGCCCCCUGGCCUAAUCCCUUCGGAUCAUGAUGAAGUUACCCAGGGGGGCGCGGCUUCCCUUCCCACCCUCCCCAACUGUUUCGUCAGGCUGGAGCGCUUGCAGGUCGGCGAUAUUUCGCAGAAAUGUAAGAACCUUCCUGGUUGUUUCGUACAACUGCAGCGCCUGUCCAACGAAACCUUGAACAAAGUUGCUGCCUCUACAGGUCUGACAACUUGCAAAGACAACACUGAAAACACCAUAUUUAAAUACGCCCUCACCUGCCCAGUCUGCGGAGACGUUUACCCCACCAAACGGAGCCUCUCGAACCACCAACGCAUGCAUACAAUCAAAAGGUACGACUGCAAUAUAUGCUCGAAGAGUUACAAAAUGAAAAAAAGUCUAAUAAGGCAUGUUAUUGAACAUGGGGAAGAGAAACCGACGCACGUUUGCAGCUUUUGUUGCAAAGAAUGCAAGACGCAGCGGGAUUUAAUCAUACAUGAACGUGUUCACACUGGGGAGAGGCCCUAUCCUUGCGAUAUGUGCGAGAGGCGUUUUAGUGCCAAGCAUAACUUGCUUAACCACAUGAAAACUCACGGUAGCAAACUAUAUCCGUACAAAUGCGAUGUAUGUCAAAAAAAUUUUUCGCGCAAAGAACACUUGUCAAAUCAUAGCCGUGUCCACACAGGAGAAAAACCCUACGUCUGCCCUUUAUGCCCAAAGAGAUUUUCUCAGAAAGGAAACUUAGUUCCUCAUCUUAGAUAUCAUAGAGGACAUAAACCAUACUCGUGUGAUGUAUGUGACAAAAGUUAUGCUGAAAGUAAAACCUUGAAAAUGCAUAAAAGAACGCACACUGGUGAAAAACCGUAUACCUGCGAUCAUUGUGGAAAAACAGUUUCACAGCGGGGUAAUAUGAUCACGCAUCUACUUGUUCACUCUGAAAUCAAGCCAUAUUCCUGCAAAGUAUGUAAAAAGGAUUUUAAGACAAAAGCACAUUUAAAAUAUCAUGUAGUAAUUCACAACGAAAAGCAGUUUUCUUGUGAGGUCUGUAAACGGUUAUUUAGUUAUAAAAAUUCUCUUUCAAGGCAUAUGAGGUCCCACACAGGUGAGCGUCCACACCCAUGUACAAUAUGUGAAAAGAGCUUUAUGUCUAAAAGUGAGUUAAAAAUACACUCCCACACCCACACUGGAGACAAGCCCUACUCGUGUGAUUCAUGUAAAGCUAAAUUCGCUAGUAAAACCCGUGUCAAAAGGCACAUUGUUAAUAACAGCUGUUAUUAUGCCCAAAACCAGCGUAAGCAGAAGUAAAAAAAAUAAUGGAGCUAAAUAGGGUUGUUUCCAAUUUUUUGAAACGCUCGUAUUACGUUCUUUAUUAACUAAAAGUUGCCCUAAAAUUCAACUUUUAUACUAAAAACGGCUUUAAAUAUGUUAAAUUAACAAAAUAUAUUUUGACAGAUGCUUUCGCGCCCAAAA